AUGCCGGCGGGGAUGAAACCGCUGGAGAAGUUCCUGAAGAAGCAGACCACGGCGCUGACCCGGGCCGGAGGCUUCGUCGGCGGGGUGGCGGACAAGGCCAGCGGGGGGACCGGGGCGUCCCGUCGGAGGGCCAGCCUGUCCCGGGUCGUACCCUUCUUCAGGGAGACAUCACCUGAGAGCGGCCAGGCUCGGGAGGUGUUCAGCCCCGACAGUGAGGACCCCCCCUCCUGGCCCUCAGCUACUGGGACCGGUCUGGUGACGGUGCCCAGCAGCGCUAACGGCUCCGGCUCCGGUUCUGGUUCCGGUUCUGGUUCUGGAGGAGGAGACGUCCGCAGUCCGUCUCUGUCCAGUGACGAGCAGAGCUCUGAGGCCAGCCUGAUCACAGAGACCAGCGGAGGAGGAGGAGGAGGAGGAGGAGGAGGCGGGACACCUCUUCACCCUGACACUCCAGACAACCUGACCCUCGCCAUGCUGGACAGCGUGGCGGGAAAACGUUACGGACACUGUACAGAAACCCUGCUGGAUGACUUCAUGUUGACACAUCCCAUCUUCCUGACGGCCGACAGGUUCCAGCAAGUUCUGCUGCAGCAAUUCAGUCUGGAGAUGGAGGGGAGGGAGGGAGAGAGGGGAGGCAGGGAGGGGGAGGCUGAGAGGAGAGAUGGAGGAAGAGGAGGAGAGAUGGAGGGAGAAACAGAAGGAGGGCUGGACGCAGCAGAGAGGAAGCAGGCGGUGCUGAACGUGGCGUUUAGAUACCUGGACACCUACAGAGAGCUGCUGCAGGAGGAGGGGGAGCGCAGCAACAGCUUCCCAAAGGAACUGUACCUGUGUGCAGUCCAGGAGUUGAGCCGGUUUCCUGAGCUGGUGGAGGACGUCCUCAAACUGCAGAGAUGGACUGAGAUCUUACACUGCCCCUCUGAAGAGGAGAAGGAGAGUAGGAAGAAGCAGGUUCGCCCUCUGUUCAGACACUUCAGACGCAUUGACGCCUGUCUGCAGCCCAGAGAGGCCUUCAGAGGCUCCGAUGAGAUCUUCUGCCGGGUCUACACUCCGGAUCAUUCCUACGUCACCAUCAGGAGUCGUCUGUCCUGUCGGGUCGGAGAGAUUCUGGCUCUGGUCCGAGAGAAGCUCCAGUACAGUGAAGACCAACCAGUUCUGCCUGGGAACCUCAUACUGGUGGCCGUCACAUCAGCCGGAGAGAAAGCCGUGUUUCGUCCCAGCGAUGAAGCCGUGUUCACCACACUGGGAGUCAACACUCACCUGUUCACCUGUGAACCCUCCGAACUGGAAUCACUGCUUCCUCUUCCUGAGGAGAUCCACUGGACGCCAGGCGACAGCAAACUGCACGACAUGUCCGCAGAGGAAGUGGCCAAUCAGCUGGUGGUGUUUGACUGGGAGCUCUUCAGCUGCGUCCACGAGGUGGAGUUUGUGUGUUACGUGUUUCACGGAGAGCAGUCGCGCUGGCGCCCCCUGAACCUGGAGCUGGUACUGCAGCGCUGCAGCGAGGUGCAGCACUGGGUCGCCACGGAGAUCCUGCAGUGUCAGUCGCUGCCGAAGAGGAUCCAGCUGCUCCGCAAGUUCAUCAAGAUCGCAGCUCUCUGUAAGCAGCAGCAGGACCUGCUGUCGUUCCUCGCUGUGGUUCUGGGUCUGGAUAAUCCCGCUGUCAGCAGACUACGACUCACCUGGGAGGGACUGCCGGGGAAGUUCAGGAAGCAGUUUCAGCAGUUUGAGAGCAUCGCAGACCCGUCCAGGAACCAUAAGUCCUACAGAGACCUGAUCACCAGCCUGAGACCUCCACUGAUCCCCUUCACACCUCUGCUGCUUAAAGAUCUGACCUUUCUUCACGAGAGCUGUAAGACGUUUCACGGUGACCUGGUCAACUUCGAGAAGAUGCAUAAAGUGGCAGAGAUGGUGAGGAUCAUCAGACGAUAUAGGAGCAGUCAGCUAGCCAUGGAUACGGAGACGUCCCCCUCCCACCUGCAGACGAAGGCCUACGUCCGCCAGUUACAGGUGAUCGACAACCAGAACCUGCUGUUCGACAUGUCCUGCAAACUGGAGCCCAAAGACACAUAAAGAGACGGACGGAGGGAGAGACAGAGGGACGGGAUGGAGAGGAAGAGCAGGAGGACGAUGAAGCGAAGGAGGUUCAGGUAGAAAGAGAGAGGAGGGAAACAUGAGUCUCAUACUGGACCUGGAAAUCCAAA